AUGCGGCUCGUUGCCAAGCAGCUCCGCGAGGCGCAACACCACCGCGAUGACCUCGUGCUCCUGGAAGACGAAGAGCACGACGCGUCAGACGAGCUGCAGCAGCUAGAUGUGCGCAUUGCAGAGCUGGAGCAGCGGUUUUCAAACUUCCGCGCUUUCCAGGCAACGCUGCUGCACCGCCCCACACCCGCCUCGACGCCGCCGUCCCUCUCUUCCAUGUCGUCCUCGCUCAUGCAGUCACCGCGCGCCACAUCGGUGAUGGAUCUCGGCGCUGCAAUCUACAGCAGCGCGGCGGCGCAGAUGAGCAGCGGCGUGUACGGCCCAGGUAUCGGCAGCAGCGCUGGCGUUGUCGGCUACACCGGCGGCGGCGAGCAGAGAGGCCCGCUGAUGCAGAGCACUGUGCCAUCGCCUUGGCCCGCCGCGCCAACGAGAGGCCCCCCUUCAGCAGCAGGGGCUACUGGCGCACCACCACCACCACCACCACACGGUGACUGGCCCACCGCCACGACCGAGUACAACAUAAACCGCAGCGACGUCGGCGACGGUGCCCUGGCGCUGCCAGGUCCGUGGGCUUCCAACGUCAGCGGAGGUGCGACGAGCCUCAGCAGUGCCGAAUGCUCGGCCCCCUCAACUCGCAAAGGCUUCUCGUGGGAGGCCUACGAACAGCAGGUAGACCCGGAGGCGCUGUCGCGCGAUGCCCUGUCUCGCACCGCGCAUGUCGAGCUCCCCGUGAACCCCACGCACCAGUAUGGCGGCGAGCGCUUCCCGUGGUCAACGGAGCUGCGGCGCAUGAUGCGCGAGGUAUUUGGCUUGCACGACUACCGCUUCUGCCAGCUCGAGAUCAUGAACGCCUGCAUGGAUGGCCGCGAUGUUUUUGUGCUGCUGCCGACGGGUGGCGGCAAGUCCCUGUGCUACCAGCUUCCUGCGCUGAUGCCCAACCCGGCCCAGGUCACCGUUGUCGUGUCGCCGCUCAUUUCGCUUAUUCAGGAUCAGGUGUACGCGCUGAUCGCGAACGACAUCCCUGCUAUGGCCCUCACCGGGCAGACCAACGACGCUGCUCGCCGCAGCCUCUUCCAAGAAUGGGCCUUCGGCCACGUCGUGCACACGCUCGUGUACGUGACGCCGGAGUACUUUGGCCGCAGCGAUCACUUUGUGGGUACGCUGCAGGGGCUAGCCGACAAGGGGCUGCUCUCCCGCUUUGUGAUUGACGAGGCACACUGCGUGUCGCAGUGGGGUCACGACUUCCGGCCAGACUACCGCAAACUCUCAGUGCUGAAGCGGCAGUUUCCACGCACACCCAUCACGGCGCUGACCGCCACGGCGACGGAUCUCGUGCAGCAGGAUGUUAUCAAGACUCUUGCCCUGCGCGACGCCAUCAUCUUCAAAGGCUCCUUCAACCGAGCCAACCUCAAGUACUCGGUGCAGCACGUUCGAGGCAAGCAGGUGAUCCCAGUUGUUGAGGACCUCGUACUGCACCGAUUCUCGCCGUCGUCGUGCGGCAUUGUGUACUGCCUGUCGCGCAAGGACUGCGAGGAGAUGGCAGCGGCACUCGUACGCAGGGGCAUCAAGGCCUCCUACUACCACUCUGAGGCGGCGUCGAAGAAUGAGCGACAGGAGCGAUGGACGCGUGAUGAGCUGCAGGUGAUUUGCGCCACAAUCGCGUUUGGCAUGGGCAUCAACAAGCCAGAUGUCCGCUACGUCGUGCACGCGGCCAUGCCCAAGUCUAUCGAGGGGUAUUACCAGGAGAGCGGCCGCGCCGGCCGUGACGGUUUGCCGUCGGAGUGCGUUCUGCUGAGCACCACCACAGAUCGACAGCGGCAGGAGCGGCUGAUCCACGGCUCGAAAGACUGGCGCGCGUCGCUCACCUCGCUGCACCGCAUGCUGGCUUACACCCUCAACGACGUCGACUGUCGCCGGCGCCAGCAGCUGCACCACUUUGGUGAGCAGGUGGACGUUCAUUUUUGCCUUACACAGCGGGCUGCCGCUGGCGGUGGUGUGGGGCCGCCGCUACCACCGGCAUCGGCCGCAUCAGUGUCUGCCGUCACGCAGCUGUGUGAUAACUGCGCCAGCAAGCUGGCCGAGGGCUGGACGGUGAAGGAGGUGGACGUGGGCAACAUUCUGCUUGAUCUGUACGCCAUUAUCCUGCGUCUUGGCGCGAUGACGUCGAAGCAGCUGAUCGGCGUGUACCGUGGUUCUGUCUCGGAAAUGGGGCGCGCCGUCGAGACGCGCAUGCGCGUGAAGGGAACCCCGGCGGAGUACAAGAGCGGCGCCAAGCACCCCAAGGCACUUCUGGACCGCACGCUGCUCGAGGGGAUGCAGCUCGGGCUCUUCGAGGAGCGACUGGACAGCAUCAAUGACUUCGCCGUGUGCGCCUUUGUAGAGCUUGGCGGCACCCCAGCAGCUCAGCAGCUGCACCGCGACAUCAAGGCUGGGCACCGCGUCAUAACACUGCGCCUGCGAGACGUGAAGGCCCGUAGCAGCAAAGGAGAUGCGAGCUUCGGCGCUGUGGCCAGUGCUGUUUCGGGCGCCACCGCCAAGGACGACAUGCCGCUCGUCGAGCUGUUUGACGGUGCCCAACGACAGGCGGCCGUGGGCGGCGGUCGCGGUACACGGACUUCGGCGGCUGCGCCAGAAGAGAAGAAGCGCAAGCCCAAGACGAAGAAGGGGCGCCGCGGCAGCAAGUACGUGCUGGACGAGGCGGACGGCAGCACUGAUGACGACGAAGGGGCGAUCUCAUCCAUCGAGGAAGACUCUGCAAUGUCGACCAGCAUGGCGUCCUUCAUCGACGAUGAGAGCAGCAGCAUCGCUACCCCAUCCUGCAUCUCCAGCGUGACGACGCCGCAACGCGAUGGGACCGGGGCAUCAGAAGCAACUACUGGUCGCCCACAGCGCACGUCAUCGACGACCGGGUCGCAGGACGGCGUCCUCUCGACGCUGUCGGAGGAUAUCCAAGGCCAUCCGCAAGUGCAUCAGCCGCCGCGGAAGCGCACUCGCGGUGAUGCGGCCGACCAGCGAGCGGCCGUAGCGCAGAGGGGCCUUGGCGGCGCUGCUACUGCUGCGGCUCCGGCGUCGACCGUCCCUGCGGCGCGGCUGGAGCGCCUGAAAGCGCUCUUGCAGGAGGAGAUGGAUCGGCUCGUGCAGACCCUUGUGAGUCAGGCGGUGGGGUGUCGAAGUUACAACGUGAUGCCCAAGAGCACAAUCCUGCGGCUGACCGAGACGCUCGCCAUCCCCGGCUGGGGCAGCGUCGGCGACCUCAUCGACCUCGAGGGAAUGGGCAAGAACAAGGUGAAGCGGUACGGCGCCGACAUCCUGCGGGUGUACCGGCAUUUCCGCUACAUCCACAUAGGCGAUGUCGAGGAGCUGUCGGAGGCAGAGGUGGCGGAGGUGAAGGAUAUGAAGACGGUGGUGCGGCCGCGCAAUCGCCUCGGCCGUGCAAACGCCUCCGCUGGCGAGUUGAUCGUUGAGCAUGACGGGGAGGAGGAGCGCAGCGGUGAUGGCGACCGGCUAGCGCGCACGUCCGCGUCUGGUUUUGUGGACGGGAUCGACAUCGAAGCGGCAGCGAUGGCUGGCUGUGCAACGCAUCAGCAGGCGCAGCGCCCGAUACUCCUGGACCCAGCCACCCCCGAGAAGGCGCGAGCAUCGGUGUCUUCGGCCGCUGGCACCCCAUCACGCGAUGGCGGUAGUGGUGUGGCACUGCCAGGCACCCUCGGUGACCAGCCGCGGCAGCGACGCACGAUGUUCACCUUUUCAUUCACCACAGGCGCCGCUCCAUCGGCGGUGCCCAUCAGCAUCGGCUCCAGAUCAUCCUCCCCACGGCUGUCUCUUCAGGGCCACGAGGGGUGCGCAGCUGCACCACCACUACCACCGCUAGCAGAUCCCGCUGCCACAGUGAACCGUGUCGCGGACAGCAACGACCAGCUCACGUGCGAUCCAUCGGUGGCCAAUGCACACGGCAGCACACCUAUGAUUGUUGCCACCGCUGUAGCAGCCGCUCUGCCGCCGCACGAGUCGCAUCCUCAUCAGCCUCCCAUGCCGCAGUUCUCCGCGCCUCUAUUUCCGGAGCCGCCUGCAUGGCAGACGCCUGCCGCUGCCGCCGCUGCUUCUGGUGUGCCAUCAUCCGGCACGCCCGCGCCGCUGCUGCUGCCCCACAACAGCACCGCCGACAGAAAUGUCCAUCUGUUCUCUCCCAGCGCACCCUCCUUUGCAUCUGCCUCGGCGCUCCUGGGCGGCGCUGGGCUUCCCAUGGCUCAGCGACCGUGCCCACAAGUGCCCCAGGAGCCGUCCACGAUGAUGACGCAGGCGGUGCCUUCUGAUGCCGUGAAGGGUGGUGACCCUAGCCUGGCAGACACACUCCGAGGAAGUGGUCAGACCGGCGCCGCCCACGCCGCCGAGAGCAGCGAGCUACUGAUCGGGAGUAGCCCUAUUCCCACGCAGCAACAGCGGCUACGUCACACACACUUCAACGGCCAGGGCGCACCGCAAACGCUCAGUGGAGGCGGCGUAGAGAUUGGGGAGGAGCAGCAGAGUAGUAGCGGCGUGGUGCUGCUUGGCGCCGAUGGACUUACUCAAGGGGCCUCGAUGCCGCCCGCGUCUAAGGCGGGCCGCGGGCACGACGCACCCCCGCAUGCGGACAAUGACAUGCACAGCGUCGAGUACUUGAUGGACCUCUGCAAUGACGCCCGGCUCCGCACACCGCUGAGCGGGCAGCCUUCUGGCUCGGCGACUCGUGGCGGUGGGGGGCCCUCUCGAACCACGAUGCCAGCGCCAGCACGCGCCGCGGUUUAUUCCACCGACGCGGUUACGAAGAACGCCAAUCAUCCUGUGAGUCAUGCACUUCCCUGCCCCACAGCGGGCGGAAGGCCGCUCGGCAGUGGGUCGACGUUGUCCUCGUCCUGUGCCGAGGAGUCCAUCUCCUUCUCAGAGCGGCCACUAUUUCAGAGCAGCAGGCCAGAAUUCACCCCACAACCGCGGCUGCAGACGCACGAGGGUGGUGCGGCAGCAGGUGGCGAUAAUGACGCUGGCCGCGACAGGCAAGAGGUCUUCACUGUCGAUGAUGACUCGGAGUGA